AUGAUUGGGGUGCAAAAAGGACAAUCUUCCUCUGUUGUUGCUUCGGUGGCUAUUAAUUUGGCACAACUUUAUGAAGAUGUAAAUUUAUCGACUGUUAAGACACAUCUACCAAGUGCUGGCACACACAGUGGCCAACGUGUUGACCCUUUAGUUGAUGAUGAAGUUUUGAAUGGUUAUGAUGAUUCAAUGUUGGAUGUGGAUAUGGAAGAUAAUUUUAUACCGUCCUCAGAAAUCUUAGACGAUGUAUGGGAUAUAGGAAAUCCUAUUUAUCAAUGUCAACACUGUAAAGCAUGGAUGUGGUCUGGAGAAAGGCUUGCUAAAUCCAAACAGUCACCCCAACCAAAGUUUUCAUUAUGUUGUAUGGAAGGAAAGAUUGAGCUUCCUCUACUUUCUGUGCCUCCUGAUGAGCUCAUUCAGCUUCAUACUGGAGGAGAUCAAAGAAGUAUUCAUUUCCUAAAAAAUAUAAGGACAUUUAAUUCAAUGUUUUGUUUUACAUCAAUGGCUGGAAAAAUUGACCGUGGGGUGAACAAUGGGACUGCUCCUCCAAUUUUUAAGCUUGGGGGUCAAAACUACCAUAGCAUUGGUAGCUUACUUCCUCCUGAUAGUUUGCGACCAACAUUUGCCCAGCUAUAUAUCUAUGACACAGAAAAUGAGAUUGAUAAUCGAAUAGGCACACUUCGUUCCAAUGAAGCUAUAAAUGAGCGAGAUAGGGAAAUUGUGGCAAUAUUAAGAAACAUGCUAGAUAGAUAUAAUAGUUUGGCAAAGAGUUUUCGCUAUGCAAGAGAUAGAUACCAACAGGAAAAUUGCACAAACAUAAAGCUUAAGUUGAUUAGUAAAAGGACUACAGAUGGCAGGACAUACAACUUGCCAUCUGCAUCUGAAGUGGCUGCAUUGAUUGUUGGCGAUGUCAAACAACUUAGCAAGGAUAGAGAUAUUAUUAUAGAGAGUCAAUCUAGAAAGUUCCAGCGGAUUGAUGUUUUUCAUCCGUCUUAUUUAGCCUUGCAAUAUCCAUUGUUGUUUUCGUAUGGGGAGGAUGAAUUUCGUUUGGGUAUUGCAACAUCAGAUUCUAUCUCCGCUAGACCUACAAAGAAAAACAAAACAAUCACUUUGCGACAAUUCUUUGCUUUUCGACUACAGAAAAGGACGGGUGAAUCUCCGUUAAUUCUGAGAUCAAAGAGAUUAUUCCAACAGUUUCUGGUAGAUGCCUACACAAUGGUGGAAUCAGAGAGGUUAAAAUUCUUUAGGUGUAAACAACCACAGUUGAGGGUUGAUAAAUACAAAUGUCUGCAUGAAAGUCUUAUAAACGGGGAUGUAGAUGCUGCAAGGCUUGGCAAAAGAAUAAUACUUUCCAGUACAUUUACCGGUGGACCUAGAUAUGCAGGAUAUCCUAGCUAUUUUAUCACCAUGACCUGUAACCCUGAAUGGGAUGAGAUAAGAAGAGAAGUGACUUCCAUUGGAUUGAAGGCAGAAGACCGUCCUGAUAUAUUGUGUCGAGUUUUCAAGAUCAAGCUUGAUGGUUUGAUAGAUGACCUCAAAUAG